ACAACAAGAAAAUAUGCAGUCAUCACUAAGAUAUAUCCUCACACUACUCGUUUUGAGCGUGAAUAUUUUUUGUGGGCUCCCUUGUCCACCUGGCAAAAAGACGGACGAUCCUCAAGGCCGUUGCUGUGUUUUUCCUUUUGAGUAUGGAGGAGUAACUUACCAAUCUUGUACCAACGGAUGGUGUUCAUUUGACGAAGUUUACGUGGGAAACUGGGCUAACUGCGUGAACCCGUGCACAAACAACCCUUGCCAAAAUGGGGGAGACUGCACAGUAACUGGAGAUGAUUCUUACAGCUGUAAAUGUGCCGACGGAUAUUAUGGAGAAUCUUGUGAAAAAGUGAGCCCUUGUAAAUCACAUCCUUGUAAAAAUGGUGGAACAUGCACAAUGACGGGUCUUGAUUCAUUCUCAUGCAAAUGCACUGAUGAUUUUGAAGGAGACACCUGCGAAAAGCGGCUCCCUUGUCUACCUGGCAAAAAGACGGACGAUCCUCAAGGCCGUUGCUGUGUUUUUCCUUUUGAGUAUGGAGGAGUAACUUACCAAUCUUGUACCAACGGAUGGUGUUCAUUUGACAAAGUUUACGUGGGAAAUUGGGCUAACUGCGUGAACCCGUGCACAAACAACCCUUGCCAAAAUGGGGGAGACUGCACAGUAACUGGAGAUGAUUCUUACAGCUGUAAAUGUGCCGACGGAUAUUAUGGAGAAUCUUGUGAAAAAGUGAGCCCAUGUAAAUCACAUCCAUGUAAAAAUGGUGGAACAUGCACAAUGACGGGUCUUGAUUCAUUUUUCUGCAAAUGCACCGAUGACUUUGAAGGAGACACCUGCGAAAAGCGGCUCCCUUGUCUACCUGGCAAAAAGACGGACGAUCCUCAAGGCCGUUGCUGUGUUUUUCCUUUUGAUUAUGGAGGAGUAACUUACCAAUCUUGUACCAACGGAUGGUGUUCAUUUGACGAAGUUUACGUGGGAAAUUGGGCUAACUGCGUGAACCCGUGCACAAACAACCCUUGCCAAAAUGGGGGAGACUGCACAGUAACUGGAGAUGAUUCUUACAGCUGUAAAUGUGCCGACGGAUAUUAUGGAGAAUCUUGUGAAAAAGUGAGCCCUUGUAAAUCACAUCCUUGUAAAAAUGGUGGAACAUGCACAAUGACGGGUCUUGAUUCAUUCUCAUGCAAAUGCACUGAUGACUUUGAAGGAGACACCUGCGAAAAGCGGCUUCCUUGUCCACCUGGCAAAAAGACGGACGAUCCUCAAGGCCGUUGCUGUGUUUUUCCUUUUGAGUAUGGAGGAGUAACUUACCAAUCUUGUACCAACGGAUGGUGUUCAUUUGACGAAGUUUACGUGGGAAAUUGGGCUAACUGCGUGAACCCGUGCACAAACAACCCUUGCCAAAAUGGGGGAGACUGCACAGUAACUGGAGAUGAUUCUUACAGCUGUAAAUGUGCCGACGGAUAUUAUGGAGAAUCUUGUGAAAAAGUGAGCCCAUGUAAAUCACAUCCUUGUAAAAAUGGUGGAACAUGCACAAUGACGGGUCUUGAUUCAUUCUCAUGCAAAUGCACUGAUGACUUUGAAGGAGACACCUGCGAAAAGCGGCUCCCUUGUCUACCUGGCAAAAAGACGGACGAUCCUCAAGGCCGUUGCUGUGUUUUUCCUUUUGAGUAUGGAGGAGUAACUUACCAAUCUUGUACCAACGGAUGGUGUUCAUUUGACGAAGUUUACGUGGGAAAUUGGGCUAACUGCGUGAACCCGUGCACAAACAACCCUUGCCAAAAUGGGGGAGACUGCACAGUAACUGGAGAUGAUUCUUACAGCUGUAAAUGUGCCGACGGAUAUUAUGGAGAAUCUUGUGAAAAAGUGAGCCCCUGUAAAUCACAUCCAUGUAAAAAUGGUGGAACAUGCACAAUGACGGGUCUUGAUUCAUUCUUCUGCAAAUGCACCGAUGACUUUGAAGGAGACACCUGCGAAAAGCGGCUCCCUUGUCCACCUGGCAAAAAGACGGACGAUCCUCAAGGCCGUUGCUGUGUUUUUCCUUUUGAGUAUGGAGGAGUAACUUACCAAUCUUGUACCAACGGAUGGUGUUCAUUUGACGAAGUUUACGUGGGAAAUUGGGCUAACUGCGUGAACCCGUGCACAAACAACCCUUGCCAAAAUGGGGGAGACUGUAAAGUAACUGGAGAUGACUCUUACAGCUGUAAAUGUGCCGACGGAUAUUAUGGAGAAACUUGUGAAAAAGUGAGUCCAUGUAAAUCACAUCCAUGCAAAAAUGGUGGAACAUGCACAAUGACGGGUCUUGAUUCAUUCUCAUGUAAAUGCACCGAUGACUUUGAAGGAGACACCUGCGAAAAGCGGCUCCCUUGUCUACCUGGCAAAAAGACGGACGAUCCUCAAGGCCGUUGCUGUGUUUUUCCUUUUGAGUAUGGAGGAGUAACUUACCAAUCUUGUACCAACGGAUGGUGUUCAUUUGACGAAGUUUACGUGGGAAAUUGGGCUAACUGCGUGAACCCGUGCACAAACAACCCUUGCCAAAAUGGGGGAGACUGCACAGUAACUGGAGAUGAUUCUUACAGCUGUAAAUGUGCCGACGGAUAUUAUGGAGAAUCUUGUGAAAAAGUGAGCCCCUGUAAAUCACAUCCUUGUAAAAAUGGUGGAACAUGCACAAUGACGGGUCUUGAUUCAUUCUUCUGCAAAUGUACUGAUGACUUUGAAGGAGACACCUGCGAAAAGCGGCUCCCUUGUCCGCCUGGCAAAAAGACGGACGAUCCUCAAGGCCGUUGCUGUGUUUUUCCUUUUGAGUAUGGAGGAGUAACUUACCAAUCUUGUACCAACGGAUGGUGUUCAUUUGACGAAGUUUACGUGGGAAAUUGGGCUAACUGCGUGAACCCGUGCACAAACAACCCUUGCCAAAAUGGGGGAGACUGCACAGUAACUGGAGAUGAUUCUUACAGCUGUAAAUGUGCCGACGGAUAUUAUGGAGAAUCUUGUGAAAAAGUGAGCCCCUGUAAAUCACAUCCCUGUAAAAAUGGUGGAACAUGCACAAUGACGGGUCUUGAUUCAUUCUCAUGCAAAUGCACUGAUGACUUUGAAGGAGACACCUGCGAAAAGCGGCUUCCUUGUCCACCUGGCAAAAAGACGGACGAUUCUCAAGGCCGUUGCUGUGUUUUUCCUUUCGAGUAUGGAGGAGUAACUUACCAAUCUUGUACCAACGGAUGGUGUUCAUUUGACGAAGUUUAUGUGGGAAAUUGGGCUAACUGCGUGAACCCGUGCACAAAGAGCCCUUGCCAAAAUGGGGGAGACUGUACAGUAACUGGAGAUGAUUCUUACAGCUGUAAAUGUGCCGACGGAUAUUAUGGAGAAACUUGUGAAAAAGUGAGCCCCUGUAAAUCACAUCCAUGUAAAAAUGGUGGAACAUGCACAAUGACGGGUCUUGAUUCAUUCUCAUGCAAAUGCACUGAUGACUUUGAAGGAGACACCUGCGAAAAGCGGCUUCCUUGUACACCUGGUAAAAAGACAGACGAUUCUCAAGGCCGUUGCUGUGUUUUUCCUUUCGAGUAUGGAGGAAUAACUUACCAAUCUUGUACCAAGGUAGCUCAUCACAGAUUGUGGUGUUCAUUUGACAAAGUUUACAAAGGACAAUGGGCUUACUGCGUUGAUGAAUGUGAGUCAUCUCCUUGUAAGAAUGGAGCCAGUUGUAAGAUUACUCAAGAUGGUUACAGUUGUCAGCCAUGUCCUGCAGGAUGGGAUGGGAAAAACUGUGAUGAAGUCGCGUGGAAAUCUGAAGGAUGUUUCAAAGAGCACAAGAGGAAAGCGAAAAUGGUUCUCGGACGUAAAAUCGCCACCGUCCAUGGAAAGAAACUAAGCAUUCAGGACGUAUUUGAGAAGUGCAAAAUUGCAGCGGAAAAGAAAGGUUUCAAGAUUUUUGGUAUUCGAAACAGGAACAGGUGUUUCACAACAAGUGAUGGAAAAGUGCAGGAGUUUAAAAAGUAUGGAGUAUCAUCCAAAUGCAAGAUAGAUGACAACGGUCUUGGUGUUGGAAUGAAACUCGCCAACUUUGUCUACACCAGGCUGUAAAGAUAGGCUCCAUGCAGAAAUGCAGCUAUGCACAAAAUGGAUUGGAUGGAAUUAGUAGUUCUACCGGAGUAAAUUGAAAAUCUUGUUGGGUUAAGGGUUAUAAUUCAUUAAAGGGUUAAUCUGAACUAAAUAAAAAACGCGGCACAAAUGGGAA